AUGGCCGCCCUAAUACGCUUCAAAGAGGCGAAUCCUACUGCGUGGGCUUUACUGGGUGUCAUGUCUAUGCUGGAUGGCGAAUCUAUACCCGAGGAAAUACUCACGACGGACGCGGAGGAGGUUGAGCUCGCUAACUACCCUCCUAAUUUGGCGGUUUACCUCAAAGCUCGCAAGGAAGUUAUGGAAGCUUUCCCUAUCACUAGAGACGAGUUAUCAUCGAGUCUCCGUAUCCGUUGUGAUAUCCAGGAUAUGGUACGCAAUGCACUAGACGAUGCUUCCUUCCGCGACGUCUUCAACGCUGCCACUCGUCUACAGCAUGCGGUGUGGCCGUUCAUAGACAGUGAAAAUCUGAACAGAACCGAUCGCUUUGAGACAGCGAAAUGUUUCCAGCCGCAUAUUUCGCGACUGCGAUCGGCACUAGAAUCCCGAGGAGUAGGAAAAUUGCAGCCGACACUCUUGCUUGCAGAUUUGUUCAACGAGUCUAGCUGGACCUAUCAACUCCAAGGAACGAGCGAUGGACUCAGGCUAGGCGAUGAGUAUGCUGUUCUAGCGCAAGAGGUCGUCGAGACCAGUGAGAACAAACAUGACGACGAUUUCCGGAGCCAAUUGCUGGCAGACAGUUACCGCUUCCAAGGCAUAAUUGGAAGUUAUCAAAAUACAGGAAAAGCCGUGCCAUGCACGAAAAAGUGGGUGGACAGACUCUACGAGCGAAUCGAAAAGUAUCAGUCUAAGCAAGACAUCGACACCAUGCCCAUAGCGUGGAACGAAUAUGGCCGAGCCCUGAUGCGCUUACCUGACAAGAAAGAAGCAAUGAGCUACUGGGAACGCGCAAGCAUCUUCAUCUCCGACAGAACAAAAGCCGGAGAACUUCCGUUCCCGUAUCCAUGGUUCCAUCGUGCCCUUAUAAAUGCAUUUGACGGGAAACAAGACCUUGCUGAAAGCAUCAUCUUGCCCAUUCUCGAAGAAAGAGAAAAUAAGUUGGGUAAGGACGAUGUAGAUACCUAUGAAACUGGCAUGAUCCUUACGUGUAUGGGCCAUAUUCGACGCGCCCAAGGACAUUUGCACGCGUCGCACAUGUUCAAUAAACGCGCAGCAUCAGUCGUCCCCAGCGCAACCGGUGAGAGCUCUUUGGCCUCGCUCACUGCGUACUACCGUCUUGCAGUCGACAAAUUCGCCCUUGGGAAAUUCAACCGUGCUCAUAAGCUUCUGCAGAAGGUACUCGACGGUGUAGGUGACGACUCCCACUUCAAAGCAAUAGCUGCACGUGCAAAUUGGAAGAUGGGGCGCACAGUGGGGCGCGAAAGCGGUGACGACGAUGAACAGGCCAAAAUAUUCCUGGACCAGGCGAUGAAACUCCGUCAUGAGCUUGUUCCGGACGAUAAGAGGGAAGAAGAAAAUUUGAAGGAUAUAGAUUGGGAUAGCUUGGUGUUCUACCUUUUCCGAUGAACUUGUGGGAGAUUGAGAGGGAUAAAGUUGAUUGAGUUCAACAGCUCAAGUGCUCAAGGGAUGGUCCUAGACAUGGCAAGUUCUGAAAAGUCUUUUUUCUUAUAGAUAGUCACAUCAUUCUUGCGGACCAAUAUGUCGAGAAUCUCAAACUUGAUCCCCUGUGAAGUCUACACAACAUGAACUUAAUUCGACAUUCCGAUUUGUACCCCCUAAAUUUCUUGUGUGCAAUGCAUGUUUUGAUUAGAGACGACAAGUAUUGGUGUCUCGUUUGAAAGUACACGUGAGUUGGUGUGUUUAUAUGAUCGAAAAAUACUGUACAUCAUCAAAUCAAUUAUACACUAUAAAAUAACUCUAUA